AUGAAACAAGUAUUACUUCUCGGUAGUGGUUUCGUUGCUGGGCCUGCCGCAGAGUAUAUCAUGCGGGAGCCGUCUAACCGUCUUACAGUCGCAUGCAGAACUCUUGAAACGGCACAAAAGCUCAUCGGAAACCUCCCUGAUUGUCGUGCUAUCUCCCUUGACGUCAACUCCACUCCCGACCUCGAACGCGAAAUUGCCGCUCACGAUCUUGUCAUCUCUCUCGUUCCCUAUAUUUACCACGCCGCCGUCAUCAAGGCAGCCAUCAAAAGCAAGACGAACGUCGUUACGACGAGUUACGUUUCACCCGCUAUGCGAGAACUGGACGAGGAGGCAAAAAAGGCUGGUAUCGUCGUCAUGAACGAGAUCGGCGUAGAUCCAGGAAUCGAUCACAUCUACGCCAUCAAGACCAUCGACGAGGUCCACGAAAAGGGCGGGAAGGUCAAGGAGUUCCACAUGUAUUGUGGUGCCUUCCCCGCACCCGAAUGUGCCGAUAACCCUCUCGGCUACAAGUUUUCGUGGUCACCCCGCGGUGGUCUCCUCGCCCUCUCCAACCCCGCCUCCUACAUCGCUCAAAAUAAGCAGGUCGACAUUGCCGGCAAAGAUCUCAUGAGCUCUGCUAAGCCUUGCUUCAUCUCUCCUGCCUUCGCUUUUGUGGCAUUCCCGAAUAGGAAUACUGUGCCGUUUAGGGAGUGGUAUCGCAUUCCGGAGGCGAAGACGGUAUUUAGAGGAACGUUGAGAUAUCAAGGGUUCACGGAGUUUGUGGCCGCAUUGAUCAAGAUGGGGUGGUUCGAUCAGGAGAAGAAUGAAUGGUUGAAGGAAGGCAUCACUUGGGCUGAGGUCAUGCGGAGGACAAUCGGGGCGGAUGACUCUUCUGAGAGUUCUCUCAUCGCGCAGAUCAAAUCAAUUUGUGUUUUCCCGGAUGAGGCGGAGGCAAAUCGUAUCAUCUCUGGUCUUCGUUGGAUGGGCCUUUUCUCUUCUGACUCCGUGAAGCCUCGUGCGGGAAACCUCUUUGAUACGCUCUGUGCCCAGCUCGAGACUCUUAUGGCCUACGAAGCAGACGAGCGUGACCUGCUCAUGAUGCAGGAAAAGUUUGUUGUCGAAUGGAAGGAUGGCACUGAGCAAAUCCUGACAAAUACGUUGGAAGCCUACGGCACUCCCAACGGACAUUCUGCCAUGGCGCGUCUCGUUGGUGUGCCGUGUGGCAUCGCUACGCAGCUCGUCCUGGACGGCGUCAUCAACCAAACUGGGAUCGUCGUGCCGUACUCAAAGGAGAUUUGCGAUCCUAUUCGUGAGCUUUUGGAGGUGGAGGGCAUCGGGAUGGUGGAGAAGGUGUUGUAG